AUGCUUUUCCUUGAAAAAAUUGUAUUCACCAAGACCCAUCAUAGCCAUGCAUUUCAUGAUGAAAAGGAGGAAGAGGAGCACGAUGAUAGGACUCCGCUGAUUUAUGUAUCUUCAAGGAGGAGAAGUAAUUCAGCACCAAUAUGUAGGCCUGAUGAGACGCAAUCGAUGAUUUCUUUUGAUGAAACACCUGGAACGAAAGCUGAUGAAAAGGAUGAGGACGAUAAUGGGAUUAUAACUGGACUGAUUUUGGCGCUGGCGCUUGGGAUUCAUAAUCUUUUUGAGGGGAUCGCCAUUGGGUUGCAAAAAGAUGUCUCGAGCUUUAUUGGGAUUGCUACUGCUGUAAUUCUUCAUCACUUUUUUGCUGCUUUUUCAUUAGGAAUAAAUAUAAAAGGACUUAAAAAAAGUAAAAGCUUGCCUAUGUUGGGCUCUUUUGUGCUCUCAGAACCUUGUGGAAUUGCAAUAGGGAUUGGCUUAUCGAGCUUAGAGGUCCCGUUGCUAAAUGGUGUGUUUCUUAGCUUGUGCGUCGGGACGUUUAUUUAUAUUUCAUCUUCAGAUAUUUUAGCUGAGGAGUUUUCAAUACCAAAACAAAAAUAUACUAAAUUCGUAGCUUAUUUGUGCGGAGUUGGGGUAUUUUUGAUAUUACUUAUAGGCGUAGAAAGAUCGGUCGAAUAA